AAAGCUUAGUGGACAUGUGAUCUUCAUUUAUCCUCGCGUGCGUUUUAAAGCAGCGGGAUUUCAGCUCUUGUGAAUUUUAAAGAAGGAUGUAACUCCUUCUUAGAGCCAUGUGAUAUGAUUCAUAAGGAAUUCAUUUAUGGUGUUCUUUGUUGCUAAUACUGAUUUUUCGUCACGCGGCUAAAUUAAUGAAAAUGAUAUGGAAUUUUAGCAGAAGUUUGAUAUCAAAAUGAAGAACAGUCUAAUUUUCUGAUUUUCCCUGUCCAGCAUGCAGUGGCUAAGACAUUUUGCAGUGAUUCUGUUGGUAACCGCGUCUUGCGGAACAGCCUCUAUAUUGAUCAGCCAAGUUCCUGAAAAAAGAAAUAAUGACAGCAAGUUUGCUUCUGGUAAAGUUACACCUCUCUCAAAUAAAGUCCAGUCAGCGAUUGAGGACAACUCCCAUACAAAUAAUUUGGAUUAUGAUUUAACGGCCAACGGUGCUCAAGAAUCCACCAACUUCUUCACCGCUGAUUUAGGAGCUCCUUUUGAUUCCUCUUCAGAUUAUGGAGCUUUGUUUGACAACUUUCCCAGUUUGCCGUAUUUUCCAGAAUUUGGAGAAAUAUUUCGUAUAUCCCGCACGACAACACCUCAGCCACCGUUUCGGUUUCCUGAUUAUGUGCGAGAUGCUUUUCCAGACAGACCGCCGGAAAAUACUGUAAAACCCUUGGCGCCAUCAAGUGGAAGCUCUACGGUUAGUUCCUAUGGCGAUUCUGUUGGAGGAGGUAGACGGCCGUCCCGACGACCCCCUCGACCAGCGUCCAGCGGGACGAGGACUAAAGUGAGCAAACAGAAUCAUAAUGAACCAAAAGAGAAGCCCAAAUCUCUCAAAAGUAAAGCUCCCAGCAAAUCGAGAGACUACCCUAAGAUUUUCAGGUUUACCUCAGAUAGAGUUAACCUUGCUGAAUUCGAUAUGAAAAAGAAAAUGAAUGAAAAUUAUUUGACUCUUACAAAAGGAGAUGAGCUAGACUCUGACAAAGUUAAAAGAAACAAAUUUUUAAUACUUCAUGGUGGAGUAUUCGAAAUUGAACGAUCAGGUAGAUCUGGUCUCUAUCAUGCCAGUUCUAACAAUCAUCCUGAAAAGGCUGCACCUGAUAGCGAGUAUGUUUACAAUCCAAAUCUUGAAAAUGACAAAGUGGGACUAGAAAGUAUGCAGUAUUUUUACAAAACGUGAAAUGCAUUUUGCAUGCAUUGCUACGUUAUUGUUAAAAAUUAUAUAUUUGUUAUUUGUUACAACUGAAUCUUCUAAGAAGGUUCGUCGAAGAUAUAUAACUGGGUAUUACGCCUGAAAUCGUCUUUACAAGGGUAUAGUUUUUAAAAAGAAGGCUUGUGAGCUACAUUAUAUUGUUAUUCAUGUGUAAAUUUGUUCUUUUCGUUGCAGGUAACAUUAGAAAGGAACUAUUCUUGUAUUGUAAAGGUUAAAAUUCCCUUUUCUUUUAAUUAGGCAGAUUUCUGCUAUAUGAUGCAGAAUUUUAAUAUUAUACAUAAAGCUUGCAGGAAAGAUUAUGUAUUUAAAUGGAAGUGUUUUGUGUUAUUGGUACAUAAAAAUUCUAAAACUACAGUUUAAAGUGUUUGCUAAUGGAAUUUGUGGAAAGCUUUUCAUUCAUGUCAAAAUUCGAGAUCUCUUGGGGCUCUGUUAACAAUUACAAUAACGACAAGUAUGAACACGAAAACUUCCACUAAAAUUAUUAUAUAGAGAUAUAAAAGAAAUCAAUCAUUUAAAUUGAUACUUAUUUUUAAUUCAGUUGAAAAAUUCUCUUAAAUCUUCUACUUCAGAAUAUCAAAGAAAGAUAUUCUGAACUUCUUUUAUUGUCACCUUUUAAAUACCGCAUCAUGACAUUUUCUGGUUUUCUCAGCUCUGCAAACAGAUUUCGACGCUUUCUAUUUUCAGAAAUAUUUUCUUCAUUUCAUGAUGUAUCAAGUUGUUUCAGUCUAAAAUGGAAAUAUCUAACUCCAUUUUAUGCAAGAAUUUUAAUAUAAUACGCUUGAGUGUAUCAAAAAAAUUCUUCACAGUGCUUCAGCAGGUAUAUUUUCUAUGUUUAAUUAUGUUAAUUGAAACUAAAUUUUACCGUACCCACUUUAUUCAACCAGUUUCAUUUAUUUUCAUGAAAACAUAUCUCUCAACAGUCAUCUUUUAGUGUUUAAUUUUUUUUAUUAUGAACUAGUGUAGCAUGCAGUUUUGUAAUAGUACUUUCACUGACAUGACCAUCUGUACCCUAAGACGUAGUUAAAUAGUAAUAAAAGACAGUUUCAUAAUUUAUGUUAGAAAUAAAGAUUUUUUUAACAUCUG